AUGGCCACUGCGGUCUUCAGCUCUCUUCCUCCUCAUCUGACUCGGCACACUUCCUCCACGAGUGCAGCCAGCUUUGCUUCCGAGCAGCACAGCAGCGUCAGCCGCAUCUCUGCGUCGUCCGGCCCUACAUGCGCUGACUACGAAUUGAGCUCGCUGCGCCCAGGGCUGCUGGGUGAGACGAGACGGACGCAUAGUGACACCACUGUCUUCAGCGUCACGCAAGAGUCCAGUCUGGGCAAUGCUACUUCAAAUUUCUCCCGAUCCACCUGUGGCGAAGCCGAACUGCAUCAGCAAGACCCAGCAGCUACGACAGCGAGCAUGUCUUCCGUGGAAAGCGCCCUAGUUGGUUCUGACACCUCAUCGCCUGAUUGGCGUCAAGUUGCGACUCCCAGGAGGCUCAUAAGACCGGAACCGGCAAGAAUUUGCGUGAAUGCCGGGACUCCUACGCAGGUCACACACGACAUCGACACUGUGAAGACUCGUGUCAAAGCUUUCGGCGAAGUUCCAACUUGCUCUUGCCCCAUGCCGAAGGCGCACCAAGUCAGGGAAGAAGACCAAUUCACCGACGAGUACCGAUUCACCCUCAUUGAUUUAAAAGCCCAGUCACGCUCGCUGUCCCCAUGCUUAUUUAGCGGACAGUGCCACGGCGGCUGCACAGCAUGGUCAUCUCAGGAAGCGCCGAACGUGGACUACACGUGCGGACACGGACUAUACGAGUUUGCUCUACUCGUCGUGCUCGCUGCCUCCGACAUGGCGAAUUUACUACGAGGACGUCUACAAGACCGCGACUGCAAGGAGUUCACGGACGCCUUUACGAACGGACAUUGGUCUCAAGAGUUGGCAAAACUGCCAGAGACGUGGCAGAAUGGUGCCGUCAUGUGCCUGCUCUACUUCUUCGCCCUAGGCCGCUCGUUUCAGUCUGUUGAUAUUAAUGACAACAGGGCAGUUCUGCGACUAGCAUCAUGCAUCGGGGUAUGCUUGGAGCAGACUCUAAACAACCCUGCCUCUUUCGACCUGAAGACGACCUUUCAGAACACCUCCAUCGAGUGGUCCCAUCUCUCAGCGAUGGCUUCGAAAUUAGCUGCCGACAUUAUUUGGUAUACUGGAUACGACGCAGCCAGCCCUCGAAUGACGGGCCGCUUUGCUAGCCUGAUGACGCGGAGCGUGCGAGAUGCCAGCGACCCCUCGAUUGUGUGGCAUGCAAUCAAUCGCGCCACAGACGUCGGUGAAGCUAUACCCGCAAUGCAGAAGGACAUCGAUGCAUGGCUACAGACACUACAGCCCCGGACCUCCCAUGAUCGCGACCUCAGGUACCUCGAGGAAGUGAUCACGCCGUUCGCGGUGGGCAAACAGCCAUUCUUACCGCUCGAGUGGAUGUGUUACGCCGCACUUGAAAGUAAAGGUCGGUGUUGGGCUCCGGUGCUUGCCCCAGCAGAAGCGAUCGAGGGAGACACGGAGAGCGAAGCGGAGUCCAAAGAAAGUCUGACAUUCUUGGAGCUUUUCUCGAGUAUCUUUGCGGUGGGUUAUACAGUCAACGUCAUUAGCGAUCGAGAGUUCCUCAAGGCGAUGGGUCCGCAGUUAGCUCCUCUCGUUGCUCACGAAGUCUUCGAAAUGAAUCUCCAGCACGCUUGCGGAGCAGCAGACGGGCGGGUCGGCAAUUGUUUCGUGCUGCUGGUGCCUCACCAGUCAGGUGAAAACAUUCGUGCAGCAGUCACACCCUCUUGCCAUCGUGAUUGUGCAGUUUGA